AUGAGUGACAAGCCGUUGGAAGUAUUGGUCUAUGGCCUUGGAGCGAUCGGUUCAUUUUAUGCCUUCAUUUUGAGCCGUAGCGAACAUGUUCACCUGACUGUCGUCGCCCGAUCGAACUUCGAAGCCGUUUCUGCGAAUGGCAUCUCGAUUGAUAGCCAGAACCAUGGAAAGCACCACGUGAAACCUCACAAGGUCUUUCGAACCGUCGCCGAAGCAGGUCAAAAAUUUGACUUCAUCAUCUGCACAAACAAAGCCGUCGACCAACUCAGCACUGCUGGUGACAUUGCCCCCGGCGUUGGUGACAACACUUCGAUUGUCAUCAUCCAGAACGGCGUAGGCAACGAGGAUGCGUUCCGUGAAAAGUUCCCGAGUGCAACCAUCAUCUCAUGCGUGACAUGGGUUGGUGCAAGGCAGCCAGAGCCUGGUUUCAUAAAUCAUACGACAUCCGAGGAUAUGCAAGUUGGGUUGUACCCGAACAAAGCGGGCGACGCAUCACGGGAUACCCAGCACCUUGCUCAGUUCGAAUCGCUUCUGUCGAUUGGCAAGACCAUCUUCCAAAUCGUUCCCAACAUCCAAGUGCAACGAUGGGAGAAGGUAGUUUGGAACGCGGCGUGGAAUUCACUAACGGCUCUUACACUGAUGGACACGCAUGCAUGGCUCAGUUCUUCAGACCUGUCGACUCCCAUGACGAGAAAGCUUAUGAAGGAGGUUAUCGACGUUGCUAAUGCGCUUGGUGUUCCUUUGGAGUAUGGGCUGAUUGACCGGCUUCUGGACAAGAUUUUGGCGAUGCCGCCUAUUGGAAGCAGUAUGAGGACAGAUUACGAGAAUGGUAAACCGAUGGAGGUUGAGGCCAUUUUGGGGUAUCCUGUCAGGAAGGGGAGAGAGCUUGGUAUUGAUGUUGCGACUAUUGAGACGUUGUAUACCAUCCUGUUGGCUAUCAACAAGCGGCUCAUAAGCGUGCAGAGCAAAUGA